AUGUCAAACAACUACGGAUACCAAAAUAAUAAUUAUCCCACCACCACCACUUACAGCGCACAAGGCGGGGCAGAUGGCGGUGGAUUCGUUCAAGGGGGAGGAGGAUAUGCUGGAUCGCAGGGAGGGAGUCAAGAUAGUCCUGGAGGAUCAAAAACAUAUGGCAAAGAUACUUUACGACCAGUAACCAUCAAGCAAAUCGUUGAUGCCGUGCUGCCACAUCCUGAUGCCGAUUUCAAAAUUGAUGGAUCGGAAGUAACUCAACUCUCAUUCGUCGGCCAAGUCCACGGCAUCUCCACGCAAACCACAAACAACACGUACAAAAUCGACGACGGCACCGGUCUCAUCGAAGUAAAGCAAUGGAUCGAUAAUGACGCCACAGCCGAAAACGCCAAACAUGUUCCGCAAGAAGGACAAUAUGUACACGUAUGGGGCCGACUCAAGUCAUUCCACGACAAACGACAUGUUGGCGCUCACAUCAUCCGACCCAUUACCGAUAUGAACGAAGUGACAUAUCAUGGACUGGAAGCGACACUUGUACAUUUAUACUUCACACGCGGGCCUAUGGAGACCGCGGGUAUCGCGAAGCAAGAAGGGGGCGAUGGACUCUUUGUCGAUUCGUACGGAGGUAAUAAUGCAGCUACAGGGAACGCGACAGCUACCAGUAGAACACUACCUGCGAAGACGACCGCAAACGCGAGAGCGGUGUUCAAUUUGAUGCAAUCGGAGCCUCAGAAUAACGAAGGCUUGAAUGUCAAUAUGAUUGCGACGAAGCUGGGGAUGCCUGUUGCGGACGUGUAUAAGAGUGGCGAUGAAUUAUUGUCGGAGGGUUGUAUUUAUACGACCAUUGAUGAUGAGACGUGGUCUAUAAUGGAGUUUUAG